AAGCUGGCCGCCUUCUCUUCUUGACCUCCACGAGCAAGCACGGUCGGGGCAAGCACUCCCCCCUUGUACCCUUGGACCACUUUGCCGCUCUGACGGGACGGAUCUCACUAGGCCGCGGCAGCGAAUUUUCACAGAACUGAGGCAAUGAAGUCAAUGCAAUGCUUGAUUUCGCCAGCUGCAAGUGAUCCAGUGUCCUUCCCCGAGCGCCACUCGGAGCGAGAAGCGAAGGAGCAGGGGGGCCCGUACCUUGCGUGCGCUUCUGUUGGUCAUAGAAGUCGCGGGUCAAGAAGGAGUCCGACGGGGGCGUGCAGGAUUCCGCCGAUGGAAUGCUAUUCGAGAAUGUUGGAAGAGCAGUAUAAGUACAGAGGCAGGGCUGCGGUGUUGCAUUGUCUGUAGAGUUCGAUCGUCUGCAUACUCACAACCCACUGCAAAACGCAAUGCACGCUUCCAUCUUUCUUCAGCUCGCUGUCUUCAUCGGAAUUGCCGCGUCGUCCGCGCUGCACUUCGUCGAUCCACGGGACGGCGCGCCCAAGUACUACACCCAGUGUGUGGAGGAGGGGCAAAUGGCGAUCGCUUUUGACGAUGGGCCGUGGAUCUACGAGCCUUACAUCCUCGACGUCCUCAAGCAGGCGAAUAUCACGGCGACAUUCUUCCUCAACACGAACAACUACGGCUGCAUCUAUAACGAAACCCUCCUCGAGCAAGUGCGCGCGGUCAUUGCCGCCAACCACGUCGUCGGAUGCCACGGCGAGCGGCACCUCGACCUGACCACCCUCAACGACACGCAAAGGAACGCGGAGAUCGGAAAUUGCCUGACUGGGAUCAAAAAGGUGACAGGGUACCUGCCGGCGUUCUUCCGGCCCCCGUACGGCGCACAGAACGCGGACGUCUUGAAAGCACUGGCCGCAUUCAAUCUGACCGCGGUUGGCUGGGACGAGGACACCGAAGACUCGAAAGAGGGUGCGACGUACGCAAACAGCAAAGCGGUCGUGGACGACAUGGCCAACAGCGGGUUCGACCAGGGCAUGGCUUUGUGGUUGAUGCACGAGACCUAUGGUGGGUACUUUUUUGGUUCUGACAUUCUCACGGCACUCAACGCGUCACUAGAAUUCACUGCGAAGCAAUUGUUGCAGUACAUCAUCGACGUGGGUAACGACCAAGGCUUUACCUUCGUCACUGUCCCCGAAUGUCUCGGCAUGAAAGGCAUGGAGUAUCAGUCCAUUGGCCAACCUGCCAAGCGGGACUUCACGUGGCAUUGCUGAUUUGCAAGGUUGUGUCAGCCAUGAUUGUAGUGAGACUAGUUCAAUUCGACGAGAGUUUCAAUCACGGUGUUUUGCGAGAAAGCGAAGAGUAAGAACAGGAGAUCUAAACAGAGAGGAAAUUCCUUCGCACAUCACAAGCUUAUCUUCGACUCCGAGUGCAUGCCUUGCUUUCCCCCACCGAAUGUGACCUGUUCCAAGAACACACCAUAAUCUGCCGUCUCAAUUGCAGUGGCACCCGGGACGGUGUCCCGCUGGGAUAGCAAUCAGAAUCGAUUAACAGAUCAAGAAAGCAGGGGCAGCGUACAGCGAAGAUAAGAUGUCCAACAAAGCCUCCAGCCUAGAUGACCAUUAAGCUUCAACACCGAAAGCGCAUGCUUAUAGCUUCACGGACCAGGAUCGAGAAGAUCACACCCCCAUUGUAUGACAUCACAGCCAACAUCAGGAAGUACCCCGCGGCAAGCUGGACGACGAAGAAUAGGCUGCGCGCGAGCUGCUGCAGGAAAGUGGGGCGGUACGGCCGGUCGGAUCGCGUGAGAGCGCCGACGCCGGAGCGGUUCUGGGUGAGGUUGUCGCCGGCGAGCGCGUUCUGGUAGAGACGCAGCGUGAGGCGGUCGUAUGCGCGGCCUGUGCGGCAGAAAGCUUCGAGGAGGAGAGUGAAGACGAAGAAUCCGAGCAGGGAGAGCGCAUAUUGGCCUGUGUUGAAUCAGAGAAGAGACACGGGCCCGAGGGCAGAAGUCGCACGGGUAGUGUGGACGUGCCAAGAGUCGGCGACGAAGCACGCAUCCACGGUGUUCCUGGUGGAGCGUGAGCAGUGCAAGGAGUGAAAGAGAAUAUGUACCAGUUCCACAGCAUCGAAGGUUUGCAGCUGGAUACAUCGGGGGAGCUCAUAGUGGACUAGGGUUGAAAAGGAUAUCAUCGUGUUCUUGUCGCGCAGUACUGUUUAUAAGCAGUAGCGGAUAUUGUGAGACAUUAGAGGGGUGAAAGUUGUUUUCAACGUCUCCGCCCCCGACUCGCGGCAACCGUUUCAAGUCAGUAGACAAAACUUGUUUCCGCACUGUUGAUGAUACUUAUAUAAAC